AUGCUCACCACUAUACCACCAACGCUGCACAGCCCGGGCCGCCCCCGGACGCCGGCCCAGGCUCCGCACCAGCGCCUCCUCGCCCUCUCGCCACCGCCUCCGCCGCCUGCCGCAGCCCUGCCCCGACGUGCCGGCCGGCCGCAGCUCUGCGCCGUCGCGGGCGCCACCAGCGGCCGCCCGGCGCCCCACCCGCGCCACCCCCACGCAGCCCUGGCUGCUCCGCAGGCACGACCGCCCGCCGCCUCCGCCGCCCGCCUCUGGGGGGCGCUCUCGCCGCCCUGCGGCUCCCGGCCCGGCAGCCGGGCAGCUGUCCGUCGCGUGAGCGAGGAGCCCGUGGCGGCCAGCCUCCCGUCAGGAGGUCCCGGCUGGGCUGGGCCGAGCCCGCACGCACCAGGGCGCCAGGGCGCCAGGGCCGACGAGGAAGGGCAGGGGGUGCGGGGGGUCGGGUCGACGGCGGGCAGGACGGGCCCCCCGCGGUCGCCCCGCGCCUCUGGCCGCACGGGGCCGGGCGGAGGCACGAGGGAGGAGAAGGAGGACAAGGAGGAGAAGGAGGAGAAGGAGGGCCCUGGGGGCCGGCGUACGUUUGGGCAGCGCGGCGGCGGCGCCCGCGACCAAAAGAGGGCGUGUCUCGCCUCCCCGUCGGGGAAUCGAACCCCGGUCUCCCGCGUGACAGGCGGGGAUACUCACCACUAUACUAACGAGGACGGCGGCGGCGGCCGCCCGGGCGCCCGACCCCUCUCCGCCCGCCCGCCCGCCCGCCGGCCUGCCUGCCUGCCCACGCCCCACCCGGGCCCUCGACGUCCCGCGCGCCCGUCCUGCCAGGCGCCCGCCACGUGCCCCGGGCCACGGCCCACCCGGCCCGACCCCCCCGGCCGCCGCGUCAGCGCGCACAGCAGUCCCCCGGCCCGACUCGGAGCGUCGCGCCCCCGGACCCGCCGCCGCCCCCGCCCCCGCCCAGCCGCGCGGGGAUGGCGGCGGGAGAAGACGCCCGACACGGCAAGCAGGGCUGCGCGAGCGAGCCGGAGGCCCCGCGCCGGGGAUGGGCCGCGGCGGGCGGCGGGGGCGGCGGGGGGCCGGACGCCGGCAGCAGGGUGCGCGCCCCGGGAAGGGGGAGGGGGCGGCGGCGAGGACCGCGGCGAGGGCGGCGGCGCCAGCAGAGUCAGUCGGCGGGCCGUUGGCCUCGUCGACCGGGACGCGAGUCCCGUCCGUCCGUCCGUCCGUCCGUCCGUCGCGCACCCACACGGCCGCCAGCCAGCUCCGGGGUCGGCGCCGGGUCCCAGCCAGGCGAGCGGCGGCGCGCCCAGGCCCGCCGUCAGGAUGGCCGAGCGGUCUAAGGCGCUGCGUUCAGCCCCGCCCUACACCUCCCCCCGCCCGCCCGCCGGGAGCGCGGGGUCCCCACGGCCUGUCCUUUCCGCCGGCCCCCAUUCAUUCCGUGGUCUCCACCCCCUCCGUCCCCGGGGCGCCCACGAGGCGUGGCCACCCGGAGGCCUCACCACGGCCACACGCCCGCCAGGCGGGCAGCCGAGCCCUCCGCGCGCCAGCCAGAGACGGGACCCCCCGCCCCGUUCGCUGGGCCUGGCCCGGGGGGGCGGGGUGGGGUCCACCCCGCCGUGGUGGCUCCGGGGAGCCCUGAGCGCAAGGCAGCCCUGCCUCCCCGGGCCCCCCUCCGCGCCGGAAGCCGCUGCGGGGCCGGGGCUCCAGGACGCCAGCGCGCUCCCUCACCGCGCCGCCCGCCAGCCAGCCAGCCGGCGGCCGCUCCGCCCAAGCGCACCUGCCGGCCUCACCCCCCACCGCAGCCCAGCCGGCCCCGACGGAGAGCUGCGGGCAGAGCUCACACGCCUUUCUUUGGCCUCUUGGCUUGGGCGCUACUCGGCGGCCCCCAUCUCCGACGACGACACCGACGCCGACACGCACACACGCGCACCCACACCCCCCCCCCACCCCGCGGCACCCCGGGAGCGCACACAAUCCGAGCUCCGGGCCCCAGCCGGCCCCCGCCGGCGCGCACUGCACGGGCCGGAGAGCCAUCCGCCCAUGGGCCUUCGGGGGGGCGCCGGGAGGGAAGGGAAGGUCCGCGCUGAGCUGCGCCGGCCACAGACGCCCCGCGCUGCCUGGGAAUCGGGCGCGGGUCAGGCUUGGCCAGGCUGCUCCUCCCGGCAGGACAGUGUCUGGCGGCGGCCCCGCCCCAGGGAGAGGGCGCAGGGUGAGCCGAGUCCGCCUCGGGGCCUCGCUGGGACCGUGGGCGCCGCGCGCCGGCCCGAGCCCGAGCCCGAGCCCGAGCCCGAGCCCUCGGCGCAUCUGCACGGGCGCGGAGCCUGUCUUGCAGACCGCGGGCCCGCCGCCCGCCCCCGCGCAGCGGGUGCUCACCACUGGCCGUGCCGGGACGACGACGAGCGCCGCUGGGGAAGCCGUCUGGUGGCCGCCGCCACCGCCCUGGCCGCCACGCUCCACCCGGCUGCCCGCCCCCUGCCGCCCGACGUGGCCCAGCCCCGGGAUGCUCUCUAUGGCCACCUGGCCGCGGUCUCCUUCAAACACGGGCCACUCCCCACUGCUAAAGUCACCGCGAGCACCAGGUCCAUGCAGCCUAGCCAGCACCGGCGCCAGCACACCCAGCCUCGAGGGACAGCGCCACCGCCACGGCUGUCACCAGCACGUCGGGUCCACGAACGGCGGCGCACCAGCAUGGGCAUCACGGCCAAGGGCACGGAGGUCACCUCCCCCCCUCGCCCGGCCUCCACGACCCCCGCAGCACUUGGUCCACCACCAACCCCCAGGACCACCAUCCCCACACCAGCACCAGCACCAGCACCAGCACCAGGACUACCACCACCAUGCCAGAAGCAGUUGUACCAGCAGCAGCAGCAGCAGCAGCAGCAGCAGCAGCGGGACGUGCCCACCGCCAGCAGGCCAGCGUAG